AUGGAACACGUGCAGAUCACGAGAAACCUACCUUUCUCCGCCUUGGUCUCUGAUCUUGUCUCAGCAGCCAAAGUUUCUUACAGAGCUGGAGACACUAAAGCCAUACUUCCACGGGAUGAUCAGAGAUUAGCAGGACUACUGAAGAAGCAUGGGAUUGUCCACAAGGUAGCAACUGCCUACCAUCCACAGACUAGCGGACAAGCAGAGGUGUCUAACAGGGAGAUAAAGCGUAUAUUGGAGAAGAUAGUCAAGCCUCAUAGGAAGGACUGUAGCACGAGGCUACAAGAUGCGCUAUGGGCAUAUCGGACAGCAUACAAGACACCAAUCGGGAUGAGCCCCUUCCGCCUAGUAUACGGAAAGGCUUGCCACCUCCCUGUGGAGGUGGAACACAAGGCAUUUUGGGCAGUGAGAGAAAUCAACAUGGAAUCUAAGAAGGCCGGAGCUGAAAGGAAAAUGUAA